ACUGGAGAGGAGACACAGGAGUAAAACACAGGAGGCCUAACAUGCACCAGGAGGUCUGACUCACCGAGGUCUACCUGAGAAUCACCUCCCCCCCCCGUGGGACCAGGAUACCGGCAUGUACCCCAGCUCUCAGUCUACCAGACACCCGGCCCAGGCUCUGUCAAUGAGCAGUCAGUACAUCCCGCCUCCGUAUGACUUCUACCAUCACCAUCACGCCCCGGGAGCCGGUGACCCGUCGACGACGAGCGCCUGGAGCUCCAUUUACGCGCCGCGGGAGGAAUACGCGUACAGCUACCCGGGAUCGAGCCCCAGCGCCGGGCAGGUGAGCAGCUUCACCCCCGUGGAGCUGAGCGGCACGCCCACCACCGCUGGAGUAGGGUCGUUCACCCCGUACAACUUCAUCUCCGGACAGGACCCGUUCAACUGCAGGGGGAGGCCGCAGGAGCCCCUCAGACCGUCCGCUCCAGGAGGGAAGACCCGCACAAAGGACAAGUACAGGGUGGUGUACACUGAUCAACAGCGUCUGGAGCUGGAGAAGGAGUUUCAGUCCAACCGCUACAUCACCAUGAAGAGAAAGACGGAGCUGUCAAUGGCACUGGGCCUCUCUGAGAGACAGGUGAAGAUCUGGUUUCAGAACCGACGUGCCAAAGAGAGGAAAAUGAACAGGAAGAAGCUGCAGCAUUCUCAGCAGGCCUCCACCACUACACCCACCCCACCGGCACUCUGUGGCCCAGCCGACAUCCACAUCACCACCAGCCCCAGCAGCAACAUCCUGUCCGAUGCAAUAUCAGAGGAAUACUAGGUCGAUUUCACAUGACUGAUGGAGGAGUGUACAUAAAGUUUUUUUGUAAGUUUACCACAGAUUGAAUGAAGAUGAUUAACAUCAGCAUGAUGUUGUAAUGCUGCACCUUCUGCCUCUCACAAUAACAAGCACUGUGUUUUUUCUUUUGUACCAAUUGUGUCUGCGUUCGCUGACAACAGGACUUUUAUCAAAUCAUGUUUAGCAGAACUGGCGGUGAAAGUGAUGCUGAUCUUGCUGGAAGUUCCUGUAUUUAAUGUUAAUGGUUAUUGAGAAAUGUGCUGCAAAGUCACGUAUGUGCCACCAGAAUAGAGAAGACGAUUGGUGUGACUGUUUUUCUUCUCUCUUUCCUUUUUCUCUAACCGCAUGAGGAAAUAAGUCUUGAAGUCAAAGCACCUAAAAAGAUGGCUAUCAAAGAGAUCCAAAAAAAAAAUAGUUUUUAUGUUUGAGAAAGAGAGAGAGAAUGUUGUUUGUUAACACUAAUGAAAGAAAGAUUUUGCCAGUUGAAAUGUUGAUUGGAAUGGUUGAAUGGAAGUAAAAAAUAGUAUGUUUCGGUCAGUAGGGAAGGAAGGCAGCUAGAGAAAUGGAGGUGAUGAAGUGUGAAGAAAUGUUAAAAAAAAGGAAGUAAAAACGGUGAGAUUCUAGUAUAAAAAGUAAAGGUGCCAUUUGUUCUUAAACAAUUAUUUUUUAUCUGUUUUAUGUUAAAAUUUAAUUUCUUUCCCUUGCUUUUGAUGAAACACUGUGAUAAAGGACAAAACAUGUGUUUAGAAAUAACCGUGGAGUGAGUAAUUCACACGGCAGGGUUCAGCCAAAACUUUAAAAUAGCUGUAAAUAGCCACAUGACGCAUUAUCUAUAUUACAUGUGAAAAAAAUGCAAUGCUUCUCUAUCCUUUUUGAUUUGGGGAUGUAUGAAAACUACGUAUUUACUAUACAUGCAAGAAAUGCUUACACAGUUGUACAUACUUCUACGUCGCGUCAAAAGAGGUGGCAGAAAAAAGUGGCAAAUGUAGUAACUGUAGAUCUAGUCCCAACCAGGGUUGCAGAAAUCAGUUUUCAAAACAAAACACCGUGCCACCAAAUUUGUGCAAUUCUGGGGUCAGUUUGAGCUGUGAGAAAACUUGUUGAUCGUGUGUUGAUGUUGGUUCAGAUGUUUUUAAAAAUAAG